AUGGACCAACAACCCGAAAAUUACCAAUACACUUCAAUCACAAUACCCCUCCUAAUUGGAGAAGUUAAUAUUGCCAAUGAUCCGUCAACUAAGGCUAAGCCCGAGUAUAAUAUUGUUGAUUCCGUUACACCAGGCGGCUCUACUUCAUUUUACAGAACUUGUCUCAAUGUGGUCAAUUUCCUUUCAGGAGUUGGGAUACUUGCACUGCCAUAUGCAUUGGUAGCUGGAGGAUGGUUGAGCUUGACAUUUCUGUUUGUUAUUGCAUCUUGUGCAUUCUACUCUGGAUUGCUUAUUCGGAGAUGUAUGGAUAUGGAUUCCAGCAUAAGGAGCUUCCCUGACAUGGGGGAGCGCGCUUUCGGGACGAAAGGAAGAGCACUUGUAUCCUUCUUCAUGCACACCGAACUGUACAUUGGAGUCACCGGUUUCAUGAUCCUGGAAGGAGACAAUUUGAACAAUAUAUUCCCCGGCGUAUCAUUUCGGAUUGAUGGUUUUGUCAAUAUAGGGGGAAAAGAGAGCUUUGUUGUGUUGGCGGCUCUUAUCAUAUUGCCCACUGUUUGGUUGAAGGAUUUGAGCCUACUUUCAGUCGUAUCUGGUGGAGGAGUGCUGGCUACUCUUAUUCUGGUUUGCUCCAUCGUUUGGAAUGGUGCAUUUGAUGGGAUUGGAUUUCAUAAGAAGGGAACUCUUAUGAAUUGGAAGGGUAUCCCUACUGCUAUUAGCCUGUUUUCCCUCUCCUCUUGUUCUCAUCCUGUUUUCCCAUCUAUUUACCCUUCCAUGAGUAACCCAAAACAGUACUCCAAGGUGAUGAUUGUGAGCUUUUUCAUCUGCACCGUGACCUAUGCUUUCAUAGCCAUUAUGGGAUACCUAAUGUUUGGGCAAGAAGUGAUGUCUCAGAUUUCUGGAAUUUAUCAAAGGUUUGGGUAUGAGCUGAUGCUUAUAGUUGGAAUAGUGUUCGUAGGCAUCAUUAGCGCGAUAACUGGAACCUACACUGCUUUGGUCGAGCUUGUAAGGCACUACCACUUUUGA